UUCUAUGGAUAGCAGUAACUGAGUAAGAGUCGACUGUGAUUGUGUGUGAACCAUGAACGCGUACGGAUGGAGAAUGUUGUUUAUUCCACCAUGAUUUUACAUUGUCUUUGUGUCUGUGUUCUUAUAGUGUGUGUCCAGUCUAGUGGUUCCUCAUGUUGUUCAAGUAUUAGACAUCACCCAACGUGCCAUUUUUAUUGUGAGCAGAUUAUAUUGAAAACUAGUAACACACAGCAACUGGCACAGUUGAUUCAGGCAGCACAACACUGUCCAUCUCAUUUGGUGCAGUUUUGGCAUUGCAUCAGUGUAAACGUACCUGUUCUUCGCCAGAUUGAGAAGUGGCCAUGCUGCGAUGCUGCUGUUACGCUGCAGUGUCAGCGCAGGUGUCGACAGGCACACUCAAUAGCUGAUAUUACUGAUGCUUAUUGUGAUAUCAAUAGAGAAAAAAAUCUAUACCAAUGUCUCCAAAAGCAUAAUGCAGGUGAACGGUGUUGCUCCCAGUCUCAGGCCUACAGCUGCACCAUUGUAUGUUACGGGUAUUUCCUCACCAGUCUCAGUCGACAUCCGGGCAGUAAAAAUUUGGUACUCCGUCACUGUAAAGGAACCAGUCGUGCGGUGUCAAACUGUGUGAAGAAUCUUUCACGCUCUACAAGAGCUAGCAAGCCACAAGACAAUCUUCCAUGCUGUGAGAAGGCGACGACCUCUCACUGUCGAGCUACAUGCUUGAGGGCGCUUCAGACCCUGACAGCUGAGACGGACAUCAUUGAGGAGGUGAUCAAAUCAUGUGGGCAGCCCGAUGUCAGGGAACCACUUUGGCAGUGUUUCAUGCUACCUCCAUCCGGAGAGAAGAAUGUCACCCCUCCUGCAAUUGGAAUUGACAGUGCCCGUUUGCUGUGCUGUACAAAGGCAGUCACCAACAGAUGUCGCAACUUGUGCACUCAGACCUACAACACUGGCUGGGCACACCACUGGACAAAGUUUCAUAACAGCUGCUCGUACAUACAGCCAGUCACCACGCUCGAGGCGCCUAUGCACAACUGUCUUACAGAUGUUGAAGAGCCUUGCAAGAUGGGAUGUAGUGGCCUGUCUUUCUGUUCCAACUUCAACAACAGACCAACAGAACAUUUCCGCAGUUGUACUCGGCGAGCAGACGACGAUGCUCUGAAUACCAUCAAACACUGGCAGAGAGGAAUGAUAAACUUACCUCAGAUGACUAUACCUGUUAAAGAUAUACGUAAAUGUGAGCCAGAUACUUGGAAGGCAGUCGCUUGUGCUCUGCAAAUAAAACCCUGCCAUAGAAAACCUAGUCCCCUUUCCAUAUGUCAAGAAGACUGUAUUUACAUCUUAAACAAAUGUGUUGACAACUCGCGACUCUCUGGUGACCAGACUGUACCCAAACUUUGCAAUCCGCUUCCAAAACGAUCAGAACCUGGAGCCUGCAUAGCGGCCUUCAAGUACCUCACAAAGAGUUCCAGUGAGGACCACAUAUCUGAGGUUACGAAUCCCUGUCACCCAAACCCUUGUGAGCUAGACAAACUGUGCCAGAUCCGGCGCCAUAGGUGUAAACACAAACACAAGUGUCUGCCAUACAUUUGUAAAGCAGCAUGUCAUCUUGGCCAAGUGUCAACAUUUUUAGUUCCGCAUGGUGCUAUUGUCCGAAUACCAGAUUCCCAGAACAUGCUGCAUAAGAAGCGUGAAUGUUACAAGAGCUGUCACUGUAGUCACCAGAGUAAGAUUGAAAACUGCACACCACUUCCCUGCGUGGAGCGGCGCCAUUGCAACAUUGGCACUGGACACAGGAAAGAACAUGGCGUUCAGUUCCCAAUUGAUGGCAAGCCUUGCAUCUGUUACUCGGGUGAGCUGAUAUGUGGUCAGCGUACCUGUCCUGUACAGUCACAGGUGACCAGCAGUCAGGCCACAGGUUUGGGGUCUGGAAACUGUCCAUUCAGCUAUGUUCCAGUGUGUGCAGCCAAUGGCAAAACAUAUCCAAAUUCCUGUUUUGCAAAAUGUGCUGGCUACGAGAGAAGAACCAUGCCAGGAGCAUGUAACAAGAUUGAUCCCUGCACAAGUCAUAAGUGUCAUCCAGGAACACGAUGUGUACAUCGACACCAAGUAUGCUUGACUUUACCAGUAGGUCAGACUUGUCCCCAGUAUGAGUGUGUUUCAGUGUAUGGAGAUAGUACUGAAUGCAACCAACACCAUCAUGACACUGUGUGUGACACUUUACAAGAAGAGUUCUCCAAUACCUGCAGUCUGUAUUCUAGCAACAGAACCAUCAUGUACCGCGGUCACUGCAUGAGUAACUGUGCCCGGGUGGGUGUUGUUUGUGGUCACAAUGGUGAAGUGUAUUCCAGUGAGUGUGCAGCCCUUGCUGAUAGAACUACAGUAGACUACAGUGGAGAAUGCAGAACAGUCGGCAACUUAACUGCUGGCGCACCUGUUGGAUCAUCCUGUGGUCAUGUGAAAUGUCCUCAACUCCGUCCAAAAUCAUGUCAUGGUGUCACUCCCUCAGGUGCUUGCUGUCCAAUAUGUGCUGCCCAGCUGCAAAUCCUCUUUGAUUCCCGCCUGGUCACUGUGGCUGAACAGGAAGUCAGAGAUGGUCACCUGACGGUCAGAGUUAUUCUUGAUCUUCUGAGUGACCUGUUGAUGGUUGCCGAGUGUGAUGUCUUCGGGUAUCUUAGUGUGGGUGGGGAUCUUGUUGUUCUCAUAGCACCAGUCAAGAAAACACCAACAGAACUGCAGGUGCAGGCCUGCAGUAGUGAAGCUGAGCGACUGGAACACCUGUUCAGCACUGGGAGUCCCACCUUGUUAUCCUACCUGAUGCUGACACCCUUGUUACUGGCACCCGUUCAAACUCCGUCCAUUGACAGCAGCACAUCAGGGGCUAGUACACGCCCUCCAGUCUUAGCACUUUCCUCCCUCAUCUCAGCCAUUGCAGUUUACACAAUACACCGUGCAGUGAUACGUGUAUUUUAAUGGAUAAUCUUGCAGCUGUGUGUGAAGGUGUUUAAAAUUUUAGAGUGGUUUGUUAUUAACUAAGGAAAGUUAUCCACGGUUUAUGCACUGUUUAAUAUUUUGAUGCAUUGAUAUUGACAAUUCCAAAGUGAUAAAGCAGUGUCAGUUGAAUGUUUCAAGGCAACAGACCACUACCCUAUGUUGUUAAAGUUAUUUUUAUAUGGGUAGUGUUUUGUAAAGUUGUUUCUAGCAAUGCAGAACAUUAAUGUGCUGUUCUCAUAGUCAUAAUAAUAUGUUAAACAGGACUCAGUUUGUGUCAUGUUGUACCUCAUCAUUGCAUUACUGACAUAAUUAAUGUAUAGCCAUCUCUUCAUGAACUGCAGUAAUACCAAAAUGUAGGAAGAGCCAAAGAUUUGCUUAGCUUUAAUUACUGGUGAGGUGGUGUUUGUAUUGUUGUUAAACCUUGAAUGUUCUCUUUAUAUAAACUCGGACUUGGUUGACAACAUGUUUCUGUUUAUUAUUAACUGACAUGUGUUUGGAGCUAGCCAUAUUGGUGUGCACUGCAGUUCACAACUGGGAGCACUACUAACUGAAGACUACUCCGAGAAAACUGAAUGGAAAAAUCCUGUGCUAAAACUGAAAAAAACAAUCAAUGUGACUGAACGGCUUCGUUCUUUUAGAGAGAAAAUUAAACGACUCCUAUUCUGAAUGUAAAUAUGCUUGCUGCAGGUUUACAGAAAAAUCGGGAACUGUUUGAAACGAGAAAAAUAUGUUUGUGAUGUGUCAUUUUUAAAUUAAGUAUGAGAAUGCAGUGUGUGUACUGACCAGUUUCAGUUCUAAUAUAAAAUGGUGAAGCAGACAUUCUUUUACUACAUUGUAUGUUCGUUGUUGAUUCCCAUUGUGUUUUCUCAAAUUUCUUGAAAAUGUUUAGCAGUCUCAUACAAAGCUGAAUAUGAUACAGUCAGUAGGACUGAUGAAAGGGAUGAAGCAGCCCAGGGUGUACCAGAGAUCACUUCCAGGGCAAUGGGUGGGUAGCUGCAGGGAAAGGGACACACGUUAAUGUUGCAUAGAUAUUUUGAAAGUUUUUGAAUGAUUGCUUUUUGGAAAUUAUCAAAUACAGCAGGUACUACUUGUACAAUAUAUCCCAAAUGUUCCAGAGAAUCUAAAGCCCUCCAACAUUCUCUUUAUUUUUCGCUGCAGUAAUGCAAGAACAUUGUAUCAAUUAUCAGAAUGAGUGAUUACCUGCCUGUUGACUGGAGUGGGGUCUACACAUAGCUCAGUUGGUAGAGUAUAACUCUGUGAAUCACAUAUUAUACAUAACUUAUUACACAUUUUUGGUCAAAGGAUCAUUGGGCACGGUAUGCUCUGUUCUGUGUAUUGGAAAGUUCAUAUAAAAGAUCCCUUGCUGCUGAUGAACAAAUGUUUGUUUCCUCUGAAGACGGUGUCAGUAUUACCCAAUGGGAUUAUCAAACAAAAUAAACUUGAACUUUAAUUUCUAAAGCACGUAAAUAUAUCCAAGCUCACCAUUUUAAAUAAGACAACAUCCUAGCAUGUAUUUUCAAUAUAGUACUUGCAUAUAUUUUGUAUCUGAACUUGCUGGUUUACAGUAUGUCUGAUAAGAAAUAUUUAACACUUGUCAUUGUUUUGUAUCAGAACUUGCUGGUUUACAGUAUGUCUGAUAAGAAAUAUUUAACACUUGUCAUUGUUUUGUAUCAGAACUUGCUGGUUUACAGUAUGUCUGAUAAGAAAUAUUUAACACUUGUCAUUGUUUUGUAUCUGAACUGGCUGGUUUAUAGUAUGUCUGAUAAGAAAUAUUUAACACUUGUAAUUGUUUUGCAUGCAUAUGAAAUAGAUAAUCAUAAUUAUUCACACUGUAAAUAUUUUGCAGUCAUAUUGAUUUUCAAUGUAAUAAAUUACUAAUUAUGAUUUUGGCAUUGAAAGAAAGAAAAUGUCUGUACUGUAAAAUACAGUUGUGUUAUAAUAUUUUCACAUUUUUGCACGAGUUUUAAUGCAAUCCAGUGAUAGUGUUGUUAUUUAAGCCAUAAUAAUGCUUCAGUUUGUGAAGUCUGCCUGCAUAAUGAAAUGAAAUGUUUUUUAAUCUCAAGAUUUUUUCCCUAGAAUUGAGUUAGAGCCAGUUCAAUGGGCAAACUGUAAUAAACUUGUGCAUAAUUAGGUAAAUUUACUUAAAUUAUAGGAUACGUACUUCAGUCGACCAGCUGUUGCCAAAGGCUUAGCAAUCAUGUUUUAUUAUAGUUUUGAAUUUGUUUUAUGAACUUUUGCCGUUUGUACCACAGUUACAACAUAAGUCAUUGUGAGUGUUUUUUCCUUUUAUGAGAACUAAUCAUAUUGUACUUUGUUGAAUUUGAACAAUCAUGCAUUUUAUGUUAUUAUCAAGUGUGUUUUUAAUUUUUUGUAAAAGUAUCGGGGAGAAGAAGGGUCCUUGGGCCAGUUGUUCAAACAUUAGUUACAUGUAGCAUACCCAGUGGUUCACAGAUAUGAUCAAAUCCUAUGACCGAAUCAGUACAAAUAAAAACUGAAAACAUAAUGUUGAAUCUUUAUUUAGAACAACAAGAUCAGUUUAUUUAUUUAUUUGUGUAAAAAUAAUUAAAAGGAAAAUAUUAGACAAACCCUGGCUUAAUUUGACUAUGUUUUGAGUAUCUGGGCCCUGAAAUGAAAAAAAAAAAUGAAAAAAAAAAACAGAAAAAAAGAUAGCACUUGUUAAAUCUAGAUACAUGUACAUUAUAUAUAUAAAAUGUUAAAUCUAGAUACAUGUACAUUAUAUAUAUAAAAUGUUAAAUCUAGAUACAUGUACAUUAUAUAUAUAAAAUGUUAAAUCUAGAUACAUGUACAUUAUAUAUAUAAAAUGUUAUUUAAAAAUGUGUAAUCAGUUAUUAUGUAUAAUACUUGAUUCACAUAAUACCUAACAUAUAGGCUGAAUGUUAUACAUAAUAAUUCAAAUGAAAGAAGAGUUUAAUGGAUGGUUAUCAAUUUAAUUAAAACAAUUACCUCGUUAAUAUAUAUCAAAAUUUAGAUGAAAAUGUUAGAACAUGGCUGUUAAAGAUUCUGAUGCAUGGUACAGGUGGGCUAAGAAUAUAUAAAUCAUGUAUUCAACUGCUAAAAUAAAGCCAUAUCAUACAGAUAGUGCAGAUUACCUGUUUUUAAGCAAAACUCAUUUUGUAUUCUAUCUUAUGUUAUUCCAUUGACCAAUUCUUUAUCAUUAAAUAGACUGAACAUUCUAAUGAAAACAUUACACCAUCUCAUUCUGUGAAGAUGACAGAAGGUAGUUGACCCCAUUUACGUAAUAGUAAAUUAGAUGGUCCUACAAUCUGUGUAAGUGACAAUCCAUCUUGUACCUGCUGGUAUCCUUACUGAAGUUAACAUGAUUAGACCUUCUUACACAGUUGUCUAAUAGACAACAAAGUUUGCAAUACCCAUUUGUCAAAUUAUCAUAUCUUAACUGCAACACUUUAUUAUUUGGCUACCCCAAACCAUAGCAUAACAGUCACAAGUAAUUUUUUAUCCAAAGAUCUUACCCUUGAGAUGAUUGUCUACAAACAGACCUAAAUGUAAGCCUUAAUUCUAGUCUUUUACGUCGGAACCAUGCUUUCUUGGUUAUGUAGUUGGUUUAUUUUGUAACAAACAGGUCUUUGUACCCCUGUAUGAUGUUAUCCAUACUAAUCUGAAAACUGUGGGUGAUGGCAUGUUUUUUUCUUGUAGACAUAUUUUUCAUUAAUAAUAUUUGUAGUCGGCCCACUUUAAUUUGGUAAAUACUCCUGGCUUACCUGUAUCCUUUUGUGUGCUACUCAGAGUUGAAUAACACAUUAUUAUUCAGUUAUUCAUACUAACCAAUUGUAACACAAUUACAAAACUUUUGCCCUUUCCCCUUUCCAUGGGAAUAUUCCCUCCUUUCAAACUAAUGAACUGACUUUGUCAGGUCAGGUGAGAGGGUUUUACAUGCACAUUCAGAGCAAGCUGUUGUAGCACACGCCUGUCAUGGCUGCAGGUUUUGACCUGGGCCGGCUCCUCCUUCCAGGACAGGAACAGGGUUUGGGGUGGGUGGGUGGUAGAGGGGGACCGCCCUCACUGGCAAGUGCAAGAGAGCACCAGCAGCCUGACCGUGGUUGGUAGCGGGCGGGGGGAUUUUUGGUGCUAUUGACUUUUGAAUAGCCCAUAGGAUUAAGUCAGAAACGGUAAUAAAUUGCACAAAUUUCUUGAAUCCAAUGUUUCCAGUGAUACAUGCUGUGGAAGGUAAGAAGGUUUUACUUACUGAGUAAAUAAAGUAUUGUGUACAGUUAGUACUGGACAUUAAUAAGAUUGAUUUUACAAAUUACAGCUGUUUUAUCUUUCUUAUUUAUUUUAUUAUUGUAGUUUGGUUUUUAAAUGACAGUGAAAUCAGUUUUUGUAAUUCCAUUGAUAAUGGUGGAAAUCAUAUAUUUGCCAUGUUCAAAAUGUUAAUGGAUAAAAAAAAAUUCUCAGCACCAAGACAAUCUUGGAUAUGUUUUGUGCAAGGGUUAUUUGAUGUGGUCUUGAUUUUUCUUUUUAAAUGACUAACUUUAGUAAAGAAAAAACAAACACAUCAAAGCUUGCCAUAAAAAGCUUGGCAUGUGUUUUAAUUUAAAAUAACUUACAGUGGUGGAUCCAAGUUUGUUGUCAUUAAUGCACAUACCAGUGUUCUUAGGUCACUGUGGACAUCUAUCCAUCCACUCCCCUCUCUGUUUUCUCUUUUUAUGGUCCAUUGAUUUCUUCCUGUUCUGAUAACUGCCUAUAUCUUUGAGGAUCUCUCCCCACCCCCUAUCAUUCAGUACUUGUUUCCUAUGCUUUCCCAUACCUUUUGACAGUUAUUGUCAUUUUUGAUACCUACUACUGCUUUAACGGGGGGGGGGGGGGGGGGGGGGGGGGGGGGAGAGAAAUCAGAAUAACAUUCCAAGAAGUAAUACACGGUAAUAAUAAGAACUAAUUGCAUCUUGAAAUCUCGGUAAAUGUAUAAUGUUUUGAAUGAUUUAGAAUAUAUAUUUAAUCACAUAACAAUAAAUAAAAAAAGGAAAUGGAGUGUGAAUUGGAUGGAUGGAUGUAGAUGUAGAUGGAUAGAGGGAAUCGAAUAAUGUUCAGGAAAACAUUUCAUAUCAAUUACUACCAAGGAAAUAGCCUUUUCUUCCCUGGUUCCAAUUUAGUCGGAUCUACCACUUCAUUUUGUUGAUUUGUUUGUUUUAUUUUUGACAAUCAUCCAAUUGAGGGCUUUGUUUGUAAUUAUUUGCAAUAAUUGAAAACGAGAAUUGUCUUUUGUAUUUGCAUGUUUUGAACCAUAUCUGCAAGUCUUCAUAUUUCUUUUUCUGUGUAUAUAAAUCCUGUUUGUUAUCUGUAUGCUAAUGCAAUCUUACUGAUUGUAUACACUUUUUUGUGUGAAGUAUUGAUUUUUUAUUUAUUGAUGGAAAUUCUACAAAAAAAGUUCAUGCAGUUUGCUUGAAUUGUUUAUACAGGUAGUGUUGAAUAGUAUCACAGGAUGUUAUCCCUCCUGUGUUAUUAUUUAUUUUUUCAGCUAGAUAUUUGAAGACAAAAUUAGUUCUCAGCAGAACUUGAACAAGAGUAGGGAUAGAAUUCAAGUUUUUAAUUUGACAUCCAUGCAUGUGAAAAUUAAGGAUGAUUUUUUUUUUUUUAAUUUGGCAUUUGACUUAAUUACUGAAUCAAUAUGUAGAGGAAACUAUCAAAGUUAAUUCUGUCUUCAAGGCAGUCACAUGGACAGUUGACCUACAAGUAUUAAAUGGCCCAACAAAAUACUACCUGUAAAUAUACCUGUAGAAAGAAAUAAGUGAACACUUGGUAUUUGAGUUCACAUUCAAUUCACUACUAGUGGUAACAGGGACUGCAGUAAGACGGUCAAACUCCUGACAUCCAAUUCACUACUAGUGGUAACAGGGACUGCAGUAAGACGGUCAGACUCCUGACAUCCAAUUCACUACUAGUGGUAACAGGGACUGCAGUAAGACGGUCAGACUCCUGACAUCCAAUUCACUACUAGUGGUAACAGGGACUGCAGUAAGACGGUCAGACUCCUGACAUCCAAUUCACUACUAGUGGUAACAGGGACUGCAGUAAGACGGUCAGACUCCUGACAUCCAAUUCACUACUAGUGGUAACAGGGACUGCAGUAAGACGGUCAGACUCCUGACAUCCAAUUCACUACUAGUGGUAACAGGGACUGCAGUAAGACGGUCAGACUCCUGACAUCCAAUUCACUACUAGUGGUAACAGGGACUGCAGUAAGACGGUCAGACUCCUGACAUCCAAUUCACUACUAGUGGUAACAGGGACUGCAGUAAGACGGUCAGACUCCUGACAUCCAAUUCACUACUAGUGGUAACAGGGACUGCAGUAAGACGGUCAGACUCCUGACAUCCAAUUCACUACUAGUGGUAACAGGGACUGCAGUAAGACGGUCAGACUCCUGACAUCCAAUUCACUACUAGUGGUAACAGGGACUGCAGUAAGACGGUCAGACUCCUGACAUCCAAUUCACUACUAGUGGUAACAGGGACUGCAGUAAGACGGUCAGACUCCUGACAUCCAAUUCACUACUAGUGGUAACAGGGACUGCAGUAAGACGGUCAGACUCCUGACAUCCAAUUCACUACUAGUGGUAACAGGGACUGCAGUAAGACGGUCAGACUCCUGACAUCCAAUUCACUACUAGUGGUAACAGGGACUGCAGUAAGACGGUCAGACUCCUGACAUCCAAUUCACUACUAGUGGCAACAGGGACUGCAGUAAGACGGUCAGACUCCUGACAUCCAAUUCACUACUAGCGGCAACAGGGACUGCAGUAAGACGGUCAGACUCCUGACAUUCAAUUCACUACUAGCGGCAACAGGGACUGCAGUAAGACGGUCAGACUCCUGACAUUCAAUUCACUACUAGCGGUAACAGGGACUGCAGUAAGACGGUCAGACUCCUGACAUUCAAUUCACUACUAGCGGUAACAGGGACUGCAGUAAGACAGUCAAACUCCUGACAUUCAAUUCACUACUAGCGUUAAAUUGGACUGCAGUAAGACGGUCAAACUCCUGACAUACAAUUCACUACUAGCGGUAACAGGGACUGCAGUAAGACGGUCAGACUCCUGACAUUCAAUUCACUACUAGCGGUAACAGGGACUGCAGUAAGACGGUCAGACUCCUCACAUUCAAUUCACUACUAGCGGUAACAGGGACUGCAGUAAGACGGUCAGACUCCUGACAUACAAUUCACUACUAGCGGUAACAGGGACUGCAGUAAGACGGUCAGACUCCUGACAUCCAAUUCACUACUAGUGGCAACAGGGACUGCAGUAAGACGGUCAGACUCCUGACAUCCAAUUCACUACUAGCGGCAACAGGGACUGCAGUAAGACGGUCAGACUCCUGACAUUCAAUUCACUACUAGCGGCAACAGGGACUGCAGUAAGACGGUCAGACUCCUGACAUUCAAUUCACUACUAGCGGCAACAGGGACUGCAGUAAGACGGUCAGACUCCUGACAUUCAAUUCACUACUAGCGGUAACAGGGACUGCAGUAAGACGGUCAUACUCCUGACAUUAAAUUAACUACUAGUGGUAACAGGGACUGCAGUAAGACAGUCAAACUCCUGACAUUCAAUUCACUACUAGCGUUAAAUUGGACUGCAGUAAGACGGUCAAACUCCUGACAUACAAUUCACUACUAGCGGUAACAGGGACUGCAGUAAGACGGUCAGACUCCUGACAUUCAAUUCACUACUAGCGGUAACAGGGACUGCAGUAAGACGGUCAGACUCCUCACAUUCAAUUCACUACUAGCGGUAACAGGGACUGCAGUAAGACGGUCAGACUCCUGACAUACAAUUCACUACUAGUGGUAACAGGGACUGCAGUAAGACAGUCAGACUCCUGACAUACAAUUCACUACUAGUGGUAACAGGGACUGCAGUAAGACGGUCAGACUCCUCACAUUAUAGGUAGGAGGCUUUUGGUUGCAAUCACGGUUUGCUCUUACUAUUUAUGUGAUCCUUUAUUUCUUUCAAUCAGAAUAUUAUCAAUUUACCCAAUGUUACAUAUUAAAAUAGUCAAAGGUAUAAUUAUAGAUUUUUCUCUGCCUUUUGAUCAAGCAAAAACUGAUGAGUGGUAAACUAACAUGUAGUUUCGGUACUGAAUAUAAUUUUCAUUUAUAAUUUAGUAUCGAGACAAAAAAAGAAAGAACCCAAAUCAUUAUAAUCCAUGCAAAAUGAAAAACAUAAUAGAUAUAAAUUGUGCUUUUAUAAACAAAUGAAAAAAAUACUCUCUUGCAAAUUGCAUUCCUAGAAAUUCUUUUGGUAGCUUUUCCAGGUGUGUGCAGAGGAAGUUUAGCUGGGGAGGAGUCUAGACUGGUGAGUGAAAUUUAUUGGGGAUUGAGACAUGCUCCCCUGGAAAAUGUAUUUGAAAAAAAAGGAAACAAAAUUUACUUGGGCGGGGUGGCGUUUCGACCCCAAAAAUCCUCCCCCCUAGGCACACACCUGUUUUCAUGUAGGUUUUAGUUUGUGUGAAUGUGUUGGAAUGGGCAUCUAUAUGUUAAGUAUUAACAGCAGUCUUACAAACACCUUUCAUUGAACUAAAAUAUUUCUGAGAAUGUAUUUUUUCACCUGAAUGGGAUUACUUUCUACAAAUGGUGUUUAAAUGGGACAUUUAUAAAAAAUGAGAAGUGCACAUUUGGCUAGAAAUGAUACUUGUUAUAAAUAGUUACUUAAAUUAUUAACUUUAAGAACAAUGUCAAUACUUUAUAACACAAGAAGUUCAAUAUUUUUUAAAACUAUACUUGAAAAAAAAUGCCCAAAAUAUCUACCGGCCCAUAUUAAUUUUGUGGAAUGUAUUUUGCUAUCUUUAAAAAAACAAUUGUAUGUCAAUAAUUUGGGCAUUAACAAGUUUUUAAAGGUAGGGUCACCCAUAUAUUCUAAAUGGCCUAAUAAAAUUUAAUACUGUCUGAAAGUGUACCACUUUAAUUUGUUUAUAUAUAUAUUUUUUAAAUUAUGGGCUCAUAACUUUGUUCGUCUUUGGGUAAAAGUGUUUAAAAUAUGUGUAGACCAGCUUAUGACAGUGUUCGAUGUAAAGGGAUCUACAUUUCAAGUCGGGUACACACCCUUACGAUUCCGCUUAGAAUGUUUGGUGACAUUUCCGCUAUCCUUAGAAUGGACGUCGCCUUCAGAUCAGUGGUACAAGUUUACCUGAUUUCACCUGGUUACCUGUAUAUUUUAAGAUGUUUCCUGAAGUGUAACCAAAUAUUCUGGGCCAUUAUACUGUGGUACAUGCAAAUCGACUGUUGUGCCAGUUUUGUGGUAUUCUUGUCUUCGGUAGGACUUAAACGCUACGGUCCAUUCUAGUGGAUAUGUAAUCAAACAUUACUUGAGUGAAACACAAAUCAAGCAAUAUUAGGUAAACUCUGUGCUUGUGUUAAAUGAAAUGUGUUUGCAAGACCAGCAUUUGUUUUAAUAUGUUCUAGUCAUAAUAUUCUUGUGUUGUCAAAAUUGGAGGUGUUUGCUGUGCAAGUCAAAAAAAUAGUUUGUUGAUAUAUUUAACUAUUACCUGCAUCACUACAUGACUUUAUAUACUUCUUUUUGUUAGUUGUUUAUGCUGUAAUAGUUUGUGCAUCAGUUCAGUACAAAAAUUGGUAUUUAAUACAUGUUUACCUCAAAUAGUUUUGUCUUGUGGAAAUUUUGUGGUCACUUUUCUUGCAUUACAAUAUGACAGGGUUUUGUUUUUCACAUUUGUGCUUUACCUUUGAUCAGACUGUUAAAAUAUGUAAAUGAGUGAUUUUUGUUGUUGUUGGCAUUUUCAUGUUUAUAGGAUAAUAUAAUGGCAGUGACUUCUUAUUCUGUAAUCCAUACAGCCAACAUAAUAAGAAAAAAAGUUUAUAAUAAAUAUAAUAUUUAAAUUUUUAUAUAGUAUCUAAUUCCUCGUAAACUGUUGUACAAACUGCCACAUAGAGUGAACUGAAAGUUGUAUGUAAACAUGUUGUGUAUGCAGGUGUCACAAAACAUGUAAUGGCAUUGUCCAAGUGGUGAUUAGUGUACAUAAACUGGUUGUUCUAAUCGUCAUGUACAAUUUUUGUUGACAAAAAUAAAUCAUACCAUUUUCA